AUGUCUGCCAAGAAUACCUAUUGCAUUGGAAUUGAUAUCGGGACGCGAUGUAUAUAUAUUUCUGCGGCCGGUGGAGUUGACCGGAACUCUACAUUGAAAACCAUCACAACUCUGUUUAAUAUCGAAAAGCGACAGCGAUCUAUAAUUCCCGUCGUAUCCUAUUUUCGAGGUCAAGUCUUCACCUGUGAGCCGGGAUACUACAAACAUUUACAAAACCCGCAGAAUUCCUUCCUUUUCCCCAAACUGUUUUUAGGCAAGCAAGUUGCGGCCGUGUGCUCAGAAUACGAUUAUGACACGCUUGGAACCGUGUACAAUGAUGAGUGCAAAAUGAUCCAAUUCGAGUUCUCGAAUCUCGAUGGGACAAAGAAGACGAUAUCUGUGACGCAGGCCAUUUCCUUCAUCAUUUUGGACGUGGUGAAGCUCAUUGAGAACUCUUACCCCGACCUGGAGAACACACCCAGUACUAUCGUUAUAGGCAUUCCAUCCUAUUGGAAUACCCAACAAGUUUCCCUGUUCCGUCGUUCCCUCGCCUCGACUCCUAUCCACGAUGCCGUGUUUCUUUACGACAUCGAGGCGCUCUCUCUCGCUUACGGUUUCUAUCCCAACCUCUACGGCGGUUUCAGUAAGAGGGAGCGAGUUGUGAUGUUCGUCGAUGUGGGAUACGAGCACACGACAGUGUUUGCCGUCGUUUUCAAAGACAACGACUUUACGAUCCAGCACGCGGACACUUCGCUCUCGCUCAGCUCGCGCUGGAUCGAUCAGCUCCUGAUUCAGCUGGUGGAAGAGAAGCUGCAGGCGUACAACAUCACGCACGACGUGAUCGAGGCGAACAAGCGGCUGAAAGCCGAGAUCCGCUCGUGUGUGGACAAGUAUAAAGUGAUUUUCUCGAACGAGAGCGGAGAUCAGAUGACGUUUGCGCUGAGCGUGUUUUCCACGGAUCAGGUCGAUGUAGUGAUCACGCAGAAAGAGUUCCAAAAGCGAUGCGAGUCGUCCGGAUUGCUUUCCGAGCUCGCUCGUCUCUGCACGACCUGCCUGGAUUCUGUGAAUGGCGUGGACGAAGUGAUUUUAGAAGGAAGCGGAACGCGACUGUGCUUUAUCGCGGAUCAAGUGAGGAUUCUGCUUCCCAAUCCGAAGUACAAGCGAAAAGGAACGAUUCUAAGCACAAACAAUCCUGAAGAAGACCUCAGCCGUGGAUGCUGCAUUAUGGCGAUUUGUAAGAGUUUCCCGGACACGACGAGCACGAUUCGAAUCACGUUGCCGAGCCAUUACGGAUUGUCAGAGAGAAGGAAGUAUAUUAGUGCCACAGAUUUGCAGAAAGAGGAAGCCCCUGACGAGCAGUUUAGAAACGAGCAUGAGCAGGAACAAUGCGAGGUGCAGAAGAUGAUGAAUAUCACGCUGAUGCGAGAUGAGAUCUAUAAGACGAUUAUUGAGUGUCAGAAUCUUCUUUCAGACGACAAGCUCCCUAUUUGGUACAGAAAAGAUAUGAUCGAGUACUCGAAGCUGCUCGCCUCUCAACUCUCCAUGUCUGGAAGCCAGAAAUUGGAAUUCUAUGAUUACUCGUAUCUCCGCAGCAAUGCAGAGAAUCUCCUGCUUGACAUAAAGUGUAAUUAUGACAGAAAACCGAUCAUUCGCAUUUCCUAA